AUGGACCAUGUUACUCAGUUUCUCGCGCAAAAUACGCAUAUCCACCAUGCGACCCCACAGUCGCAAGAUUACGAAGACCUUCGGGAACAAUUUAUUAUUCAGGAAACGCGAAGGCCAGCCAUAAUUAUACGACCUCGCUCGAUUGAAGACAUUUCAGCACUGAUUUCGCUCUUCAAGGCCCACGAUCUCCCGUUCGGCGUGCGUGGGGGCGGGCACGACAUGUUUGGGCGGACGCAGGUACAGGAUGGUAUCACCCUCGACAUGCGCGACAUCUCUCAUGUCCACGUGGAUAAGGAGUCCCAGACCGUCAGAAUCGGCGGCGGGGUAAUCAACAUGGAUUUGCACCGAGAGCUGCAAAAGCACAAUGUGACAACGCCCCACGGCGUCACGCCGACCGUGGGGUUCACUGGGUGGGCGAUUCACGGCGGAUACGGGCUUCUGAGUUCACAUUAUGGCGUCGGCGCCGAUAAUAUUGUGGGCGCUCGAGUCGUUGAUGCACAGGGGCAGGUUCGUGAUGCGGAUGAGACGAUGCUGACAGCGAUUCGCGGGGGAGGAGGGUCGGUGGCGGUGGUUUACGAGCUCACUGUCAAGGUUUACCCAUCUGACAAGAUCCUCGCCGGAUUCUACAUCUACCAGUCGGAUGACUUGGCUGCCACUAUCCGUUUAUACAACGAGAACUAUCGCAAGCUCAAAGAAAAUGAUAUCCCGCAAGCUUUGAGCAUCUAUCAAGCUGUGAUGAAUGGGCCCCAGGGCUUGGCUUUUGUCAGCUAUCUAGUCUGGUCUUCCUCCGAUCUUGAAGAAGGCCAGAAAUGGGCCGAAAAGGUCGCAGCUUUGGCUCCCGUCACUGUCAACAAUGUCGUUCCGACCACAUUUCUGGAAUUCAACGAACUGGCUGCCUCUUUUAUUGAGAAGAAGACAUGGGGUACAAUCUUCUGCCCAGGGUUCUACGACUUGACUCCCGAGGUUGUCAACGUCAUCGGCACCCACACUGAAAAUCGGCCCAAUAAGCCUGGUUUGGUCUUUGGAAUACAUGAACUCCGACGAGAGGCACCAAGAGAGAACAAGAACUCUGUUUUCAAUGCUCGAGACCCGCACUUCUUGGUUGAGAUUAUUCCGAUGGUCUCCGCGGAGGAAGGAUGGGAGGAGUUGCUCGCAUGGGGCCAACAGUUCUACGAUGAUCUGAUGAAGACUGACCCGGCCAAUAUUCUUAGCACGCCAUACCUUCCGUUGACCUCCAAUGAAAGACUGACUUCCGAAGCUGUAUUUGGAGAUCGGCUUGAGGUCCUAAAGAAGGCGAAAGAACUGUAUGACCCGCAAAAUCUGUUCAAGCACACGAUCGUGCAGCCUUGA